CUUGAAAUAAAAAACUUGAGAGGGAGCUCCAAGAAGAUGACACAGCUCAAAAUAAAAAUUAGCAAUCAGUACAACCAAGUCAUGGUUAUAAGGCACCGGCCUCUUUUGCCCACCCCCCCAGCACCAGGUGUGGCCACUAGCCUAUAUGAAGGCCCAAAAUUGUGUGUUCCUUUCUGCUCUGACAAUGGCAUGCCCAUUCUUGCGAGAUGUGGUGGAUGAAGAAGCACUUGUGCUGAGGAGAGCCUUCAGGCGAGAAAGGGUCUUCAGGGACCGGUUGGACCCACUGGCCUUCCCUGAUGACCAUCUAUAUGAAAGAUACAGGUUUUCUGCAGAUGGCAUCAGGUAUCUAUGCAGACUACUGGGUCCCAGGAUUAAGCACCGCACUGCACGGAGCCAUGCACUGAGUGUGGAGCAAAUGGUUUGUGUGGCCUUGCGCUUUUUUGCUAGUGGAGCCUUCCUGUACUCAGUGGGGGAUGCAGAACAGCUGAACAAGGCCACAAUUUGCCGCACAAUAAGGAGUGUGUGUCUGGCUAUCAAAGCAUUAGCAGAUGUCUUCAGCUCCUUCCCUGGCCACAGAAGACUCUGUAACAUCGAAGAGGAGUUCUAUUGGAUUGCAGGUUUCCCCAAUGUCAUUGGUGCAGUGGACUGCACACACAUAAGGAUAAAAGCCCCCUCAGGUGCCCAUGAGGCCGAUUUUGUGAAUAGGAAAUCCUUUCACAGCAUUAAUGUUCAGAUGGUCUGCAAUGCUGACUGUGUGAUCAGCAAUGUUGUGGCAAAAUUGCCUGGCUCAGUCCAUGACUCCAGAAUCUUUCGGGCCUCUGAAAUCUAUCAGUGCCUAUCACAAGGUAUUUUCGUGUUUGUGACCUAUUUUGUUUGUUUGUUUCAGCAUCCUGAAAUAUGCAUAGAAAAUUUUAUCCACGAGAGCACUAUGGAGACCUUCCAGCAUGACAAUGCAAAACCACAUACUGCAGCUAUAACAACAGCAUGGCUUCGUCGUAGAAGAGUCCGGGUGCUAACCUGGCCUGCCUGCAGUCCAGAUCUUUCACCUAUAGAGAACAUUUGGCACAUCAUUAAACGAAAAAUACGU